AUGAAACGAAGUAUAAAUGACUAUUUUGUAUCAAAAGUGAGGUGUGUAAAGAAUAGUUCUAAUGUAACAAAUAAUAGAGAUGUUUCGGUUUCAAAUUUAACACAAGUUCCAGACAAAGACGAACAAAAUGUUAUUUUGAGUACUCCGGUGCCUAAAAAUUCUAGUAUAUUUGAUAUAAAACUAUUCAUUGAUAAAAAAUUGACGAAAACCGAAAAAACGGAAGCAUUAAAUACAAUUUGGACGCCAGGUAAAAAUUAUGAUUUUCCUAUUACGCUUUAUGGUAGUAAAAAUUUAAAAUUUCAAAUGUCGUGGUUUGAUAAAUGGAGUUGGAUUGCAUAUAGUGGUUUAGAUGAUGGCAUUUAUUGCAAAUAUUGUGUAUUGUUUUGCGUCAAACAAGGUGGGAAAGGAGGCCAAUCGCUUGGGCAGCUUUGCACUCAACCAUUAAAAAAUUGGAAACACGCAAUUCAAAAGCUUAAAUCGCACGAAGCUAGGGAAGAGUCUUCUGUGUAUGACCAAAUUAAUAAAGUAGCAAAAAAACAAAAAGACGAUAAUAGGAAAAUUAUUAGCCCUGUAAUUCAAUCAGUUAUACUCUGUGGUCGUCAGGGAAUUGCCUUAAGAGGCCACCAAGAUUGUGGUCCAUUAAAAUUAACUGAACCAAGUGAAAAUGAUGGCAAUUUUCGUGCUUUACUUCGAUUUUAUUUAAAUGCAACUCAAGUUUCGGGAGACAAUACUCAUGUUUUAUUGCGGGAAAAUUGUAAAAAAAACGCGCAGUAUUAUAAUUCUGAUGAUGGGAAAAUGCACGAAGACUUCUUAAAAUUUGUACCUAUUUAUGAAGUUAAUGGUAGGAAUUUAGCAAAUAUUAUAGUGGAAGAAUUAAAAAAUAUGAAUAUUGAAGUAAAUAAUUUGCGGGGCCAGGGAUACGAUGGCGCUGCUGUUAUGAGUGGUAAAAUGAAUGGCGUUGCCGUACUGGUUAAAAAAGAAUAUCCUACAGCACUUUAUAUACACUGUAGUUCUCACAACUUAAACUUAUCAAUAUCGUAUUCUUGUAAUAUACCUGAAAUAAGAAAUACCAUGGGUACAAUUGAAAGUGGAUAUUUAUUUUUAAACACUCCAAAAAGACAAAUAGUUUUCAGUGAAAAAUUGAAUUUAUUUAAAGAAGAAGAAAAGUUGAAAGAUGAUGGGUGUCAAUCAAAAAAACUAAAACUGAAACGCCUUUGUCCAACGCGAUGGGUGGAACGACAUAAUUCGGUGGAAAUAUUUUAUGAUUUUUUACCUGUUAUUUUGAGUAGCUUAGAAGAAAUGAUCACGUGGUCCGAUAAGGAUACGGCCACGAAAGCUAAUCAACUACUUUUAGCUUUACAGGCUUCUGAAUUUAAUAUUAGUCUGAAGCAAAAUAUUGAUUUAUGCGAAGCCAUUAACCAUAUUAAUAUUAUAAUAAAAGAGUUAAUGACUAUCCGAGAAAAUGCUGAAACUGUCUUCAGUGAUUUAUUCAAAAUAAUUGUAACACAAUCAAAAGAAAUGGAUAUAGAAAUUAAAAUUCCAAGACUUGCCAAAAGACAAAAACACCGAUGCAAUAUAAUGAUGAACACACCUGAAGAAUAUUAUAGAGUAAGCAUUUUUAUUCCAUUCAUUGAGUCUAUUAUUGAACAGUUAAACGACCGAUUUAAUAAUCACAGAGAAAUAAUAUCUGGGUUUCAAGCGUUAAUUGAUUAUAAUAUUAAAACUGAUCUUCAGCAACUUGUACAUUUUUAUCAAAAUGAUAUCGAAUGCUAUGAUAAAGUAGUUAUAGAAAUUAAUUUAUGGCAUAGGUUUUUAAGAGAAAAUAAUAUUAAACCCACGAGUGCAUUAGACGCACUAUCAAAAUGUAAUCCUGAUUUUUAUAAAAAUGUAUAUACCUUAUUGCACAUCCUUGUUGUUCUACCUGUUACAUCGUGUGAAGCGGAACGAACAUUCUCAUCACUCAAGAGAAUUAAAAACUAUUUAAGAAACACUAAUUCUGAAAAUAGGUUGAAUGGUUUGGCUAAUCUUAAUAUUCACCGAGAAGUCCCAGUAACAGUGGAAGAAGUUAUAAAUAUAUUAUCUGAAGAAAACCGGCGCUUAGAUUUUACACUAUAG